GGUCCCAUGGACACCGCCCACCGCCCGCGAGCUCCCGAAACUCGCCACCCGCUGCUGGGACCACAGCCGGUCUCGGCGCAAGGGCGAGGUGUGGGAUUUUCCUGCUUCGUGCAGUAGCGCCCGCGAUCAAGAGGCUCCCGGAACUCAGAGGCGGGGCGCCCAGUGGAGGAGUCCAUAUACCCGGCACGCUGCGAGGGGCGCCCCAGACCAGGUGCACCCCAGAGCCAAAGCAUCCGGAACCGGGCGUACCCCACGCCCCCACCUAGGAACACCACGAACUGGGAGGAUUCCCGCCCCCGACCCUCACUGGGAGGAAUCCCCGACGAGGAGCAUCUCUGAUUGGAGCAUCCCAGACCCGGGACACUCCGCGGGACAGAACAGCGCCCCACCUAGCACUGCGGACACGGAUCUGCGUCCCACCUACAGCCUCCGCGGCUGCCAGACGCCUUUUCUUUCCUCUUACUCUCUGUUCCUUUUUUUUUUUUUUCUUUCUUUCUUUUCUUUCUUUCUUUCCCCAACCUUCUCUAGUUGCCUUACAUCUUUAAUCACACUUGCGGUUCCUCUCGUUCCUUUCCUGUUUCCCAGUCCCAGUGCUAGGGAGGCAGCGCACCGGUUUCUCACCUGCUUCUGGAACCCCUGCCUCCGCGGUCGCGACCAGAGUGCAGGAGGGACGGCCGCCCCCGCCGCGGCCUCGCGGAACUCGGCUUUGAAGACCUUAAAAAUUAACAGAAACCCAAACCAAGAAGAAAACAGCAGUGCCAUUUACAAGACUGUGUCAACCUUAACCGGAGGAAACAAUACUUUUCUUUCUAUCUGAGAGAAACCACUAGAAGCAGAAUCCUCAAGAUGCACCGUAUAGAGCUACUCUUGACAUUUCUGGUGUUCAUGUUUACAGGCACCUCAGAAACCUGUACUUUACGUUUUAACAUCACCGCAGUCAGAGGGGAGCCUUUCUAUCUGAAAUAUUGCUCAUCAGCACCUGAGCCCAAGAAUGAAACAGCCACCGUAAAAUGGUACAAGAGUAGUGGAUCCCACGGGCUCAUUGAGCUAAACUCAAGCAGUUUUCCCAGAAUUUCUCUGCACAAUCAUGUUUUGGAGUUUUGGCCAGUGGAACUGGAGGACAGUGGAUCUUACUUUUUCCGUAUGGGAAAUAAUACACGUGAAUGGAAAUUAAAUGUCAUUGGAAAAAGUAAACACAGAUGUUUUGCUGAAAAACUACUAAUUAGUAAAUCUGUGGAAGUUCAGAAAUAUUUGCACGUCGAAUGUAUAAAUAUACACUAUCAAAAACUGGCCAACAGAACAUCACUGUAUAAGAACUGUCAGGAGAUAGAGAACAAUAAAAACGCAGUUUUACAGAAGAAUGCAGAGUUUGAAGAUCAAGGAUAUUACACUUGUGUGUAUUUCAUUCCUCAUAAUGGAAAACUAUUUCAUGUCACCAAAACCUACAAUAUAACAGUAGUUGGAGAUCGCAGCAAAAUAACUCCUGUUCUUCUUGGACCAAAGCUGAACUAUGUGAAGGUGGAAUUAGGAAAAGACGUAGAACUCAACUGCUCUGCUUUGGCAAAUGAAAAGGAUGCUUUUUAUUGGAAUGUGUGGGAAGAAAAUGGAAAGGAACCUAAUGUACAUGAAGAGAACAUAACAAGAAUUAGGACUCCAGAUGGCAAAUUGUAUGCAUCAAGAAUAUUGAGAAUUGAGAAUAUUAAUGAAAAAAAUCUAAACUUUUCAUAUAAUUGUUCUGUGGCCAGCGAGGGAGGCACAGACAUUAUAAGCUUUGUCUUGUUGAAAAAAGAAGAUAUGGUUGACAUCCCAGGCUACGUCUUCACCAGAGGAAUGAUCAUAGCUGUUCUGAUCUCAGUGGUGGUUGUGUGCCUAGUAAUAAUGGGCAUCAUUUAUAGAGUUGACCUGGCCCUAUUUUAUAGAAAUUUCAUGGGAAAAGAUGAAACAUUAACAGAUGGAAAAACAUACGAUGCUUUUGUGUCUUACCUGAAAGAAUGUGGACCCGAGAAUGGAGAGGAGCACACCUUUGCUGUGGAGAUUCUGCCCCAGGUGUUGGAGAAACACUUUGGGUAUAAAUUAUGCAUAUUUGAAAGGGAUGUGGUACCUGGAGGAGCUGUUGUUGACGAAAUCCACUCAUUGAUAGAAAAAAGUCGAAGACUGAUCAUUGUCCUAAGUAAAAGCUACAUGUCUAAUGAAGUCAGGUACGAACUUGAAAGCGGACUCCAUGAAGCACUGGUAGAGAAGAAAAUUAAAGUCAUCUUAAUUGAGUUUACACCUGUGAGAGAUUUCAUGUUCUUCCCCCAGUCACUACAGCUUUUGAAAUCCCACCAAGUUCUGAAGUGGAAUGCUGAUAAACCUCCAUCGUAUAACUCAAGGUUCUGGAAAAAUCUUCUUUAUCUGAUGCCUGCAAAAACAGUCAAGCCCUGUGGAGCUGAAUCUGAAGUCCUACCUGUUCUUUCACGGUCCUGAGCUUUAGGAAAGCUGAACAUAAGAAAGAAUUGUUGAUGCUCUGGGCCCGGAGUGGAUGGGCCUGUUUUUAACAAAGGCACUGUUAAAAAUAUUUACCUCUCUGAAAAUCCUUCUUACGGUUCGAAGAUGACAGUCGUCAUUAGGUUGCCAGGGAUAAGACUGAACAAUGAGCUGCGCUCAUGUGCUCCUGGAGGAACCUGGAAUUCCAAAGCAAUGCAUCUCCUCUUUCUCCCUCCUUGAUAAUUGGCUAUAGGUGUUCAUUCUCAAUUCAUGUUCAGCAACUGUGAGGCAGGGCAUGAAGCAGAAUACCUUACUUAGGCCCUUAUAAAAAGGGCCUGUCUCUAUGUUUUGUUUUGUUUUGUUUUUAUUUCUUUUCAGCGUAACAGUAUUC